GCUCUCCGAUCGAUCGGACAUCAGUCGCUGCUCAUCGGCACUUAAGGCGUUUUUUUUUGGAAUUGGUAUCAUCGCACCAAGUGGAUUAGUAGUCAGCAUGAAGGUCUUCGUUUGCAUGUGUGCUCUGUUCGCUGUGGCCAACGCUGGCUUUCUGGGUCUCCUCGGAGGCGGCGGUGGUGGUGGCGGCGGCGGAGGCGGUGGUGCCAGCCUGAAGGCCGGAAUCAGCCUGGGUGGCAAUGGAGGAGGCGGUGGCAACGGAGGAGGUGGCUACGGAGGUGGCGGCCACGGCGGUGGACACGGAGGCCAUGGCCCUGUCCAGGUGGUCAAGGUGAUCCACCAGCAGGGAGGCGGCGGCGGUGGCGGCUACUCCGGCGGCUACUCCUCCGGCGGCUCCUAUGGCGGUGGCUACGGAUACGAGGCUGCUCCCCAGGUCUUCAAGGUGAAGGUCAUCUCUGGCGGCAGCGGCGGCGGCGGUGGUCACGGACAUGGACCCGCUCCCGGACCCGUCUACCUGCCGCCCUCUGGACCCGCCCCCUCCUCCGUGAAGGUGAUCAAGAUCCUGCAGGAAUCCGCGCCCAUUGUGAGUGCUCCGCUGGUGGAGAGUGCGCCCCAGAUCGUCAAGGUGGUGAAUGUGGCCUCGGGACCAGUGGCCGGACCCUCUUUCAUCGGCGGCGGUGGCUCCUCAUCCGGCGGUGCCGUCUCCCAGGUGAUCAAGGUCGUCCACGAGGAGGGUGGUUACUCCGCCGGCGGUGGUGGUUACUCCUCCGGUGGCUACUCCUCGGGUGGCUACUCCUCCGGUGGUGCCACCAAGGUGGUGCGUGUGAUCCAUGAGCACUCGGCUGUCGCUACUCCCGCCGUUGGUCCCGCCUACGCUCCCAUCGAUGUGCCCGCUCCAGUGGCUGCUCCGAUUGCUGCUCCCGUGGCCUCCUACCUGCCCCCCGCCCAGGAGAUCGCUGCUCCGGCUCCAGCUCCAGUUUACGCUGCUCCGGCUCCAGCUCCCGUGUACGCUGCUCCAGCUCCAGCUCCCGUUUAUGCCGCUCCAGCUCCAGCUCCGGUUUACGCUGCUCCUGCUCCAGUUUACUCUGCUCCCGCUCCUGCUCCAGUUUACUCUGCUCCCGCUCCUGCUCCAGUUUACUCUGCUCCAGCUCCCGCUCCUGUGUACUCCGCUCCAGCUCCAGCUCCUGUGUACUCUGCUCCUGCUCCAGCUCCCGUUUACUCCGCUCCGGCUCCCGCUCCCGUUUACUCCGCUCCAGCUCCCGCUCCCGUCCUGAGCGUUCCCCAUCCCGCUCCGGCGCCCGUGUUCGCACCCGAGGAGCCAUCGCUGCCCAUCGGCCACGCCCCCGCCCAGACCUACGGCCCACCUGGGUACUAGAGGCACCAGAGGAUGCACCAUCUACUUGGAGGACCUUCCUGCUAACUACAUCGAGAGCAUACCACCAUUCCUACACAACGCCAUGAGUUAAUUUAAGACAUUUUUUUUACCACAUUUUUUUGUUAGAAAAUAUAAUAGAAAAAAAACCAAAAA